AUGACAACUGAGGUCGGAAGAUCGCACAUCCACAAGCUGCAUGACGAUCUCCUCUGGUGCAUCUUCGCCUUGAACGCGGACAUGACAGAGGAUCCGUACAACUCAAGAUCGGAACCAUUAUCCCAAUGGAAACCACGGGCUAUAACAAAUAUUCGCAACACCUCUCACGUCUGUCGCACCUGGCGUCAGCUAGUCCUUUCCUCCCCAUCUCUCUGGGGCCGUCUCAUCGACUUCAAGUACCUCACUCAACUUCCAGAGAACUGGCGAAACGAGAUCAUGGAUCGCACAGGAGACGCGCCAUUGGCUAUCGUUGCGGAGGUCUAUGAAGACGACACCGCUCAUUUCGGCUUCUUCGUUGACCUUCUUCGUACGCAGUGGUCACGGAUUGAAAGCCUCGAGGUCUAUCUACACUGCGAUAAUCUCCAUACAGCGAAGGGUGUGUUAUCCCCUAUAUAUCAAGUGUCAAAAUCUUUGAGGUUCUUUCACCUAUCGCUUUCACUUCCAGACGACGAAUAUAUUCGACCAUCGAAAAUCAACCUGUUCGACAACGAUGCUCCGAGGUUAUCCUACUUUAGCUGUUCUUUCGGAUUGGAAAGCUAUUUCAAUGCACCAUGGCUCUCCCAACUACGCCAUCUCGAAGUUAGAAGUCCGUAUGAUGAAUCAAUAAACCCUUCCUUUCUCCAGUGGCUCGAAAAGCUCCGGAGCCUACCCCAACUGGAGACGAUCGAAUUCUCUGGAGGAAUAUCCCACUCCUACGAAGGCUGGGAGUCCAUUCCCGCCGUAGGGCUUCCACUCCUACGGUACAUCAAGAUACAUGACAGAUUGUUUCCGGCCGCCUUACUCUUGGACCGCAUCGACUGCCCGUCUACGUGCGGAGUAAAGAUAACGACGACCGACUACGAUCCACCCACAACCCCCUUCGAGGUGUCCUUCAUCCAUCGUGUCAUCGCGAAAUAUGCUGAACAAUGGACCACUCACAUGCGCCACCGAACCCAGCUCACAUUUUCUAUGAUGUACAAGGCGUUCAUGGCCAACCAGCACCCUCCAAAUUAUCUCACUCCAGCAUGGCUUGUACCUGUCUUCCACGCCGAUAUUUACUGUGCUGCAUGCGCCCAACUGCCCCUCAUUCUUCCUUACCUCGAAGCAUUCUCCAACUGCGAUUUCACUCAUAUCACAACUCUUUCCCUAUUUACUAAUCUCUUCGAGGGGAUGGAAUUUGACAAGAACGUGGAGAAAUUCCUUUAUUCCCUUCCCAACAUCGAAGUUAUGGAUACGCCGAUGGAGAGUCUCGAACGGCUCAUGAAUCUCCCUGGGAUCCUCGAUGGAACAUGCGAAGGCCCCGUUUUCCCAAAACUGCGGAAAGUGAUACUGGACGAUGAACGGGUCCUGGAUCCCUCGGGAAAAGUGGACCGCGGAGCGAGGGUCGGAGCGGCGUUCUUCCUCUGGCGUAUAGAUGAAGGGAUCCCAAUCUGCGUCGUGGACAUAACGGGGUGCCACAAACGGAAGGAGAUGACCUAUCUGGAAGAUGUGGCGGGUCUCGAAGUCAUCUGGACAGGUAAAGAUGGAAAUAUAAAUGGGUAUGUAUGCGGAUCUGGUUCCUGGGAUGAGCUGGACUUCGGGCAGGGAGUGAGGGAAUGA